UGCUGCUGCUGCUGCUGCUGCUUUUUAAAGAAAUGAUCAUGUCAUUCCCUUAGGAAUGCUCCAUGAGGUAUAUUUGGAAUUCAGUAAUAUCAAUAUCUAAGGUGCUUCAGUAGCAGCUAAUCUAAGAUACCCAGAGAAUUCUAUUUUUUUGUUAAUUAAAAUUUCAAGAUAACUGAACCACCUUGUUUAGUUUUUAGCUUUGAGAAAACGUUUAAUUAGACCAUGACAUUUUAAAAAAAAGAUUUAUCUGUUCAUUUCAGAGAGAGAGAGCAUGUGUGAUGGGAGGAGCAGAGGGAGAGGGAGAGCAUCCCAAGCAGACUCCCCGCUGAACUUGGAGCUGGGACGUGGGGCUCGACCCCACAACCCUGAGAUCAUGAGCCGAGAUCAAGAGGCAGGUGCAGCUGAUUGAGCCACCUAACACCCCAGGCCAUUUUGAACCCACUGUCUUCCUUAGGGCUUCGGGAGCAUAUUUUCCCCCAAGUACUAGUGGGUUUCAGGUAUCACUGGGACAUUCUUGGUUUUAAUAUUUUAGACUGCAAUGUAGUCUACUUAGUAAGCGGCUGAUUCUUUUAUCAGAUCUUCUACAAGUGUUCACACCUUUCUUUUUUUCUGAAUUUGGUUUCUCCUACUUUUCUUCAUUCUGUAACUGCUAUUAAAGGAACAUUUUUAAAUGUUUAUGGGAAGUAGCGUGUGGCUUUAUAUCAGCAGGCACAGAGUUUACGGACUUUACCAGAGUCCAGGUGGAUAGCACAUGGGGAUUUUUUACACCCAGUUUUAUUUCUAUGCCUGUAUUUAUUAUUAACUGCCUCAAAUUCUUUUGGAAAUGGUGAGCUUCAAAUCUUGAAUGAAACAUUUUAGUUGCUCCGACUUCACAAAAGUCACUGGCUUAUACGUUUGACAUUGGGCAUUAGAAGAAUAGGAUUGGUGCCCACCCUAAGGAGUUUGCAGGCAGUUGGGAAAGUCAAAGAUGUGGCAAUAAAUGCUGGAAAACUGUAGAAGUGUUGGGAGAAUGCACCGCAUUGAGCAAAGGCACAAAGGAAAAGCAGGUUGAUUCUUAGAGGACGUGAGGUUUGAUGGGAGCCUUGAAAGACGGCUAGGGAGGGAAGUGGAGAAGAAAGGAGGACACGGCGAACUCUGAAGCAAGAGGCCCGCUCGCAGCCCUGCAACUAACUGUACCAUCUGGGCCUUUCACCAGCCGAGCUUCGAUUUCCUCCCUCGUGGGAAGGAGGGGGACCAGACCAGAGCGUGUCUAUACUCCCUUUCACAUCAAGGCCCUGAAUCACCAGGAGACUCAUUUUAGGCAAAGAGGUUUUCUUCCAGGAACGAUGACUCACUGCUCCCCGGAUGCCGGCUCUCGGGGUUCGCCCGAGGGGAGGAAGCUGUACGUCGUGGACUCCAUAAACGACCUACACAAGCUCAGCCUCUGUCCCGCCGGGUCACAGCCCCUGUUCCCCCCCCAGGAGGAGCUCCCGGACACCCGCGACCCGGGACACGGCGGUCGGGGCCUGUUCUUUACGGGGCUGCUGACUGUGCUGAUUGUCAGCCUGGCGCUCGUCUCCUUCGUGAUUUUUCUAACGGUUCAGACUGGAAACAAGAUGGAUGAUGUGUCAAGAAGACUAACAGCCGAGGGAAAGGACAUAGACGAGCUUAAGAAAAUCAACAGCAUGAUUGUAAAGCUACUCAAUCAACUGGACGCUGAGCAAAACUGAAGAACUGAGCAUCUAAGGGCCGCUGCUAACACCUGAGCUUCGCGCUUUUUCUGGGUGUGCGUGGGGUUCUGACCUGGGCACGUGCAUUUCUGCAGGACACCAAAACAUCUGGUCAGUGACCCCCGCCCUGGGGCCCACUUUCUGCUCUAGGGAGGGGAGCAGCUCCUAGGCAAAGGGGCUGGGGACAGCAGCCUUUAGAAAAGGGCUCGUUUUCUGGAAGGGUCCUCCCGCCCCUUUGGGGUUAGGGGUGGCUGGCGUGGCGGGGAACCAGCAGCGAGCAAGAGAAUUCGCCUCUGUACCUACAACUUCUCUUACAAGAGGAGCUUUGUCAGCAGAGUAAGUUCACUGGGCCGGGGAGGUCCGUGGCACCCCGUGCAGCCUUAUGACUUCCUGGGGGCGCCUAAUGAAGUCAGCGAAUGAUUUGUAGUCAAGAGAACCAGGUGAUAAUUCUUUGCAAUAAAAGAUGUUCUGCUCAGGUGGUUAAA